CCCGUUAUUCCAUUCCAUUAAAGAAUAUCCUUCAAGCUACCAUUCUCUCGAUUCCAUUCCAGUUCAGAUCUCACAACUAAUCUUCUCUUUCUAUAAAUAUGCUUCAUACUUCCUCUACACCUUUUACAACACUUGUUUCAGUAGCCCAACAGGACCUGAGCUGAGCUUGACUGGAACCACUACCUCCGUUCAAGAUGACCAUUACCAUUUUCAGAGACCAUGAUAGGGAGAAUCCUCUCUUGCGCGAAUCAGAAUUCUCUUCUGGGCCUCGUAGAAUAGCUCUCUUCGUUGAGCCUUCUCCCUUUGCCUAUAUCUCGGGAUACAAAAAUCGGUUCCAGAAUUUCAUUAAAUACCUUAGAGAAAUGGGAGAUGAGGUUCUGGUAGUGACAACACAUGAAGGAGUGCCAAAGGAAUUUUAUGGAGCAAAAUUAGUUGGGUCACGAAGUUUCCCCUUUCCUUGGUACCAGAAGGUUCCACUCUCCCUAGCAUUAAGCCCGAGAAUAAUUUCAGAGGUUGCACAAUUUAAACCUGACAUUGUCCAUGUCACUUCUCCUGGAAUUAUGGUAUUUGGUGCGCUUGCUAUUGCAAAACUAUUGGCUGUUCCUUUGGUUAUGUCUUAUCAUACACAUGUGCCAGUUUAUAUUCCACGAUACACAUUUAGUUGGCUAGUCAAACCAAUGUGGAUGGUUAUAAAGUUUCUUCAUCAAGCAGCAGACCUCACCCUGGUGCCAUCAGCUGCCUUGGCAAAGGAACUUGAAGAUGCUAAAGUGACGGAAGCCUAUAAGAUCCGGCUAUGGAAUAAGGGUGUUGAUUCAGAUAGCUUCCAUCCCCGUUUCUACUCACAUGAAAUGCGGUUAAGGCUGAGCAAUGGUGAGCCCAAUAGACCAUUGAUAGUACAUGUUGGAAGAUUGGGAGUUGAGAAGAGUUUGGAUUUACUAAAAAGGGUAAUGGAAGAGAUACCCGAGGCACGAAUUGCGAUUGUCGGAGACGGUCCCUACAGGGAGGAUCUAGAAAAGCUGAUGGAGGGUAUGCCAGCAGUUUUCACAGGUAUGUUAGUAGGAGAAGAGCUGUCACAAGCAUACGCAAGUGGUGACAUUUUUGUGAUGCCUUCGGAAUCUGAAACACUCGGUCAAGUCGUGUUGGAGGCGAUGGCUUCCGGUCUAGCUGUGGUGGCUGCACGUGCAGGUGGAAUCAUGGACAUAAUUCCGGAAGAACAGGAGGGUAAAACGGGGUUUUGCUUCAGACCAGGCGAUGUUAGUGACUGCGUACAGAAAGUGAAGUUUCUGUUGCAAAAUAGUAAUGGAAUUAGAGAAAGUAUGGGAAAAGCUGCCCGCCAAGAAAUUGAAAAGUUCGAUUGGCGAACAGCUACUAAAAAGAUUCGGAACGAGAAUUACAAUGCUGCCAUUUCGUUCUGGCGGAUGGAUAGACCGCAUCUUCUUAGACCUUUUCGCUGGCUCUUUAAACAGUUUUUCUAAAACGAUCAAGUAAAAGGUAAAUGAAAUGCAUUGGGCCAGCACAUCCCCUCUUCUUCUUUUUUCCAUGCACAUUGGUUAUAGUAGCAGCGGUAGUAACAUUAUUUUCGUCUAGAAAGCAUUUGUGUAGUUCUUGCAGAGUGAUGCUAGGCUAAUGAAGAUGUAUGUAUUUAUUGUAAGUAGUUACUAUUUCAUAUAUAUUUGUUGUUUAUAAGCUUGCAAUGAAUGAAUCUUGAUUUUAAAUGUUGUGUAGUAGAUGUUUGGACCUA